AGUCGCAGACACCCUUAUUCUUCCUUUUCUCUUUACCCUUUACGUCUCUCUCCCUAGGAAGAACCUGAUUCUCUGGGCACGAGGAGGGGAGCGAAGUGCUUUGCAUUUCAGUGGCUUUUUUACAAAUCGCUUUUACUUUUGUCUUUUUCUUCUCAUCCUCCUCUCUGAAUCUCCUCUGUUUAUGCUACUGCUUAUUUUCUGAGCUCUCUUCACUCCCGCAGAAAAAAAGGAGAGAUAUCUGGCAAUCGAUCGAAGCAACUGAUAAAUCGUCGAUUUUCUCUGUUUUUGCUAAACAAAUAUAAUAAAUAAAAUAAAAACCAAACCCCACUUUUUCGGUUCUCUUUCCGGCCACCUUUUCGUUUCGCUAAAUAGCCAUCGAUACCCACAAAAAGAAACAUAUUAUAAUAUAAUAAAAAACUAAACACGAAGCUCUCUCUCUCCUCUCACUCUCGCUCUCUCUUUCUCUCUCUACACGUUGUUCUCGCUCACUUUCUUCUUCAGCACCUUUGCCUCCACCUCAUUACCCCAUUCCAGCAUCUGGGUUCUGUUUUCUCUUCGUUUUCCUCACCUGGGUUUCUUCCAUUUCAUCGUUCUGCGAUCCAAGUUUGAAGAUUUUAGAGAGCUGAGCUCAAAAUUUGCAGAGAGGCGAAGGAUCUGUUCCUCGAGCUCAAUCAGACGGUCCAGAAUCCUUCAAAUCCCAGAUGUUAGUACCGCCUGCCACCAAGCAUCGAGACGUGAGACGUGGAGGAGGAGCCACUCGCUUCAAGCAAUCUUCUGGACCCAGCAACACCACCACCAAGCUCUUUCCUAGUUUGGAUGGUGGUGGGGACUUUGUUCUCUCUGGAAAAUCAACGAAGAAAGAGAGGCUCAGAAAAUUGAGUGCUCUUGGUACUGCAAAAACAACGAGCUUUCGAGUGUGCGAAAUGGGUUGCGACGUGCCUGACAGAGACGAUGAGCUCCCAACUAGGAGAUUUAAGCUUCCCAGAAAGUUCAUUGAUGAUUGCAAUGGCGUUGAUCUUGCCUCCGUUCCACGGAAGCUCCGCUCAGCAAUGAAGAAACGCAAUCGUGAAUCUGCAUCUCCGGCCCGGUCUUUACCAAAUGCAAAGAAGGUGAACCAUACAAUGAGUGGAAUCAAAUCUCCGAAAGGGGAUGGUGUAAAUAAGUCCAAACCGUACUUGAAACAAGGAGACUCAGAAAUCACCAAAGAUGAGGAAGAAGUUGUGGAGACGUUGUAUGCUUUGGCCGGACUGUUUCCCAGAAACGACGCAAAUGAUAAUAGUAAAGUAGACUGUGAAUCGUUAGAUGCAAAUCCUUCGGCUUUGCCAGAGUCAAGGGAGAGUUUGACACCUGCAUUUGAAGUUGGAAAUGAUAAAUCGGGUUCGAACUCCCUCUUGAGAGCUACCAAGGCCGCUGGUCCAUCAAAUGUAGAAAGAUUAGCAAAAGAAAAUGAUCAAGUUGAUUGUUUGAACAAACCCAAUACUCAACAAGAGCCUGAAUCACCUAACAGCAGGAAAUCAAGUAUAAAUUCAGAUAAUUCAGUUCCUCAAAAUCUGAAUGUUUCGUCAUUGUCACUGAAAGUUGAGGGGUGCAAUGAAAGGCCUGCUACAAGCAAUGCUGUCAACUUUUGCAUAUCUGAUAUAAGCCUGGAAAGUCGCAGGUUAAAGCAGCCUGUGCAAGAGUUGUCCUCAAUUCCUGAGAGAAAACCAGUAAUAGCACUGGAGCUGAGCACAACUGUUGGGGGUCAAGUUGUACCGCACGAUACGGAGGAAACCAAGAAAAAUGGUCCAGUAUUGUGGCCUGGCUUGUCUUCAAGUCUCUCUCAUGGUGCUAGGAAUGAUAGUCCAUCAUCAUCGUCACAGUCUCCUGCUGCUAAAAUUCCGCACUGGCUGGAUGCUGCCCUGUCUACCUCGAGAGCUUUGGUCCAAAAUGGUUCGUCUUUUGGAAAGGUGACUACUGUUCUCAAUGGUAGAAGGUCGUGUAAGAAGUGCGCAGCGCAUGUUUACAUAAGUCACUUAAUUCAGGCUUUACAAUACUCCGAGCGUAAAAAUAAGUUACAACUACAGCCUAAUCAAAUGAGACCACAUGAAGGAUCAAAACAAGUGACUUUUCUGGGAGUUAAUAUCAAUGCUAAAUCGAACAAUGGUUUAAACGGGAUUGUUUCUACUGGUAGUAUAGGUAUUUCUAUUUCAGAAAAAAAUUCAACCGAAGCUAAGAACGGUACACUGCAGCAGACAAAACUCCAUCAAGAUCAGCCACAGUUCGCUAUGGGAUCUUGGGCAUACACUUCACCAAAGCAGAGUAUUGAUUUCCUGUCAUUGUCAGCUGGAGGUGGUGGCUCAGAAAGUAAUAAUGGUUUUAGCAGAUCUAGAAACGGGAUGGAGCCAUCAUCACAAUCCCAAGCUACUUAUAUCCAUCCUCUCAUGCAACGUCACACACUCAUUCCUUUCUCUUUGACCCCGUCUCAGUACAGCUCCUCCGCUCACCCUAACAAUCCUUCACUGUCGCAGCAGGGCCAGAUGCAGGUAUCUCCUUAUCAUGGCAACCCAUUUUGUGGUCCUCAAGCAAGCCCCACUGCCUCGACAAAGCAGCAACCUCAACAGCAACAUCUACAGCUCCAACAGCAUCAGCAGAGGCUUUGGGCCGCUCACUUAGCCGCUCAGUACAGGCCGGUGGGAACUUCAGCGCCCGCAGUUCAUGUUCCCGGUUGGCAAAAUGGAAGGCAGGAUAUGAUGCUGAUUCCAUGCAGCCAAGGACUAAUGUCUCCAUCCCCUUCAACACUUGAACUUGUUGGUCCCAAGUACGCGCCACUGUCUCAACAACAGCUAAUGGCUGUCACUUCAUCUUUUCCUCCCGGCAGGGUAAAAAGACAGGAACACCACCUACCUUCUGUGUACGAGGAAUCUGGAGGUGGAUUUCGUGCUGGAAGUGCAAUGCCACUGCAGUUGCUCUGCAGCGAGCACCUCUAGUAAAUUCUAUUGGGAAGUAGCUGGUUCGUAAAUUAUUUCAUUCUUUCUUCUGUUCAGAAGUGGGGACUUGCUGCUUAACUUUAUCGCGACUCAAUAAGAUAUGAACAUGUAUAAAUGAUCACCCGCCAUUUCGGCCAUGGCUUGAUAAGCUGGGGCAUUCGGCUGGUAGGGAAAUUGCCCUAGACUAUUAGGCCAUUGAGGUUUUGUAGUAAUCGUUUCAUGAACAUAUUUGGGGCACAUUGUUCAUCUUUUACAAAGAAGAUAAUAGAAGAUUAGAAAUGUUUGUGCUCUACAAA